CUCGCGUGUGCAAUGUCAGUGGGGUCGCUUAAUUAAAUAUUUUUGGUAUUCAUUUGGCAUAAAGCUGCAUAAAACAUCGGAAACAUGUUAGCAAUUUUUUUAACAUAUGUUAACUAGUUACCUUUCCAGUUUCUUUUUUUUCUGGGCUCGGUAAACAAACGUGUCGUAAUAAAACACUGACGGAAGUUGGAAAACGGGACCGUAGAACCCUCGAGAUCAACAUGGCUGCGUGCGUGAAGAUGUGGGGCGCGUGCAAGCAAGUUUACAAAAAGGGCACUGUCGCCCGCAAAAACUGCGCGAGGACGUUCGGAGCCGAAAUGAACGGGCCCGGUGCGCGCGCGGCGCUCGGCCCGAACGCCGCGUUCCGGAGAGCGUCGUUAUUCCGCGGCCGCUAUGGCAACGUCACGUUUGUGCCGUCAGAAACGGCGCUCCGCGCAUGGUCCAGGGUCGCCGGCGUGCUUUCCGCCGGAGGAGUUGGUGGUGGUGGUGGAGGUCUAGGGUGUGGGUCGCUGAUGGGUUGUGAGCAGAGGAGAUACGUGUUUGGCGGCAGGGGCAGCGGCGGGAGUGGGUCAGGGGAGGAGAACGGGGCCGAAGGCGGCGGCUCCGCUGGUGAGGAGUCGGGAGGCACAGGUGGAGAUGGAGGCGCGUACGUCCCUCCGCACAUGACGGCUUUGACUCCGAUGAUGGUGCCUGAAGUGUUUCCUAACGUGCCCCUUAUCGCGGUCAGCCGAAAUCCCGUUUUUCCACGUUUCAUCAAGAUCGUCGAGGUAAAGAAUAAACAGCUUAUGGAUCUACUGAGAAGAAAAGUCCGUCUGGCUCAGCCCUACGCCGGUGUCUUUCUGAAGAAGGAUGACAACGAAGAGUCGGAUGUGGUGGAGAGUCUGGAUGCGAUCUACAACACGGGCACGUUUGUUCAGAUCCAUGAGAUGCAAGACCUUGGUGACAAGCUCCGAAUGAUUGUAAUGGGGCACAGAAGGAUUCGGAUUACCAAGCAGAUGGACGUAGAGGCCGAAGAGGCAGCUCCGGAAUCCGAGGAAGAGCACGGCAAGGCUCCGCGGCAGAAGAUGAAGCGUACGCGCAAGGACUCGGCCUCGCUGGCCAACGCUAUGACGGAGAGGGUGCAGGAGGUGGAGCUUGCGGUGGAGGCGGUGCCUCUGCCCACCGCCAGCGAAGUUCUCAUGGUGGAGGUCGACAACGUUAUACACGAGGAGUUCCAGGUGACCGAGGAGGUCAAGGCCCUCACUGCAGAGAUUGUUAAGACCAUCCGUGACAUCAUUGCUUUGAACCCUCUCUACAGGGAAUCCGUUCUGCAAAUGAUGCAGGCUGGACAGAGAGUUGUGGACAACCCCAUCUACCUGAGUGACAUGGGGGCCGCUCUAACUGGGGCAGAGUCACAUGAGCUACAGGACGUUUUGGAGGAAACAAAUAUACCCAAGCGACUGUACAAGGCCCUCUCCCUGCUGAAGAAGGAAUUCGAACUGAGUAAACUGCAGCAGCGCCUCGGCAGGGAGGUGGAGGAGAAGAUCAAGCAAACCCACAGGAAGUAUCUACUGCAGGAGCAGUUGAAGAUCAUCAAGAAGGAGCUGGGGCUGGAGAAGGAGGACAAGGACGCCAUCGAGGAGAAGUUCCGCGAGAGGCUGAAGGAGCGCACGGUGCCCGAACACGUCAUGGAGGUCAUUAAUGAGGAGCUCAACAAACUGGGCCUGCUGGACAACCACUCGUCGGAGUUUAAUGUUACGAGGAACUACUUGGACUGGCUGACGUCCAUGCCAUGGGGCACCAACAGCGCGGAGAACCUGGAGCUGUCUCGAGCCAAAGAGGUCCUGGAGGAGGAUCAUUACGGGAUGGAAGACGUGAAGAAGCGCAUUCUCGAGUUUAUAGCCGUUAGCCAGCUGAGAGGAAGCACGCAGGGGAAGAUCCUGUGUUUCUACGGGCCGCCCGGCGUAGGGAAGACCUCCAUCGCCCGUUCCAUCGCCAGGGCACUUAACCGCGAGUACUUCCGUUUUAGCGUGGGCGGCAUGACGGACGUAGCCGAAAUCAAGGGCCACAGGAGGACCUAUGUUGGAGCGAUGCCUGGAAAAAUUAUUCAGUGUCUGAAGAAGACGAAGACGGAAAACCCACUGGUUCUCAUUGACGAGGUGGACAAGAUAGGCCGCGGUUACCAAGGUGAUCCGUCGUCCGCACUCCUGGAACUUUUAGAUCCGGAACAGAACGCGAAUUUUCUGGACCACUACCUGGACGUGCCUGUGGACUUGUCAAAGGUUCUCUUUAUUUGUACUGCCAACGUUGUUGACACCAUUCCAGAACCUUUGAGAGACCGAAUGGAAAUGAUUAAUGUGUCGGGUUAUGUAGCUCAGGAGAAGCUGGCCAUUGCAGAGAGGUACCUGGUACCCCAGUUGCGAACCCUUUGUGGUUUGGAUGAGCAGAAGACUACCAUCUCCUCUGAGGCCCUAAAUGUUCUCAUCAGACAAUACUGCAGAGAGAGUGGGGUCAGGAACCUCCAGAAACAGGUGGAAAAGGUGUUCCGAAAAGCAGCAUUCCGCAUUGUUAACAGCGAGGAGACUUCUGUAAACAUAACAGCUGAAAACCUCCAGGACUAUGUUGGCAAACCUCUCUUUACAGUGGACCGGAUGUAUGAUGUCACACCACCUGGGGUGGUGAUGGGCCUUGCGUGGACAGCUAUGGGUGGCUCGACGCUGUUCAUCGAGACGUCCCUGAGGAGGCCGAGGAGCUCGGUGGGGAAAGACGGCCCAGCCGAGGGCUCCCUGGAGGUCACGGGCCAGCUGGGAGACGUGAUGAAGGAGAGCGCGAAGAUCGCCUACACAUUUGCCCGCUCUUUCCUCAUCAAGCAUCAGCCGGAGAACGACUUCCUCGUGAGCUCACACCUGCAUCUGCACGUGCCCGAGGGCGCUACCCCGAAAGACGGACCAAGCGCUGGCUGUACCAUAGUCACAGCUCUACUGUCCUUGGCUACAAACAUUCCCGUGCGGCAGAACGUGGCCAUGACGGGAGAGGUGUCCCUGACCGGCAAGAUUCUGCCCGUGGGCGGCAUCAAGGAAAAGACCAUCGCUGCCAAGAGAGCUGGUGUCAACUGCAUUAUCCUCCCCGCCGAAAACAAGAAAGAUUUCUCCGACUUGGCAGAGUACAUCACGGAGGGCCUGGAGGUGCACUUUGUUGAACAUUACCAGGAGAUUUUCAAAGCUGUGUUCCCAGGACAAUGAAGAGCAUCAUUCCCAUUAUUACAUUCAUCAUCUGUAAAUUUACAGAGGAUUGUUUUCAAGAAAACGCUAGCACACAGACACCCAAGUCCUUUAGGCCAGCAGUUACUGGGGUGUCCGUUUUUGUGCUAUGGAAUCUAAAAAAAAAACCCAAAAAACAAAAAAUCUGGUACCUGAGGUGAACACAGGUCUUGGCUGUAGAUCUCCAACAUGCACCGAGAGCUGGGACUGUAGUGUAGCACCUUUUACGAAGGGUAAACCCACGAUGCAACAAAAAAAACGUUUCAUGUCUUGUCUCACUGCCCUCUUAAAACCAGCAAUGGAGGUCGUUUUAAAUGGCCACAAG